CUGCCCCAACGAAAUCUCGCGCGCCGCCGCCUUUCUGCCCCAUCCAUCAAGCUUCAGGUGUUCUUCCGCAUUAACCUGCCCGGCCUUCAUCUUUCCGAUCGCAAGAUCUCCGCCUCCGCGCGCGAUCCACAUCUUUGACGGCACCGCAGCAAAAGGGGCCGGGUUGCAGAACCAAUCCGCGUACGUACGUCCGGACGGCCCUGGCCCUAGAUGUAAAAUCUGGAACUGGAGCCAUACGGGAUCUGAUCUUGCUGCAGCCUGCAGUCAGGAGGAUACUAGGUGGGUUAGCUUAACUGGGCCGAGGGAGGGAGGAACGACGAUGAUGAAUCGCCAGUUUGCCAACAUGAUAGUGCGCGAUGGCGGCAGGGGAAUCUACUCCCUAUGCCGUCUCGACCUCGCGCGGCAUCUCUUCCACCCUUCCACAGCAGCCGCACAAGCAGCAGCACCAGCCGCGAAAGCGAAUGAGACGAAGGGUUUGUUACUACUACCAACGACCUCGAGCUGCGGCGACCGUCUGCCCAGUCCCAGCAUCAAGUUCUCGAUCACUCCGGCCAUGGCCGGCUCGCCGUACAUGCAUUUCUUCUCGCUGCUGAGAGGGCAGGCGGAAGGCUCCGUCAUGUUCGUCCCCUGCUACGACAACCCCGUCCUGUACAACAUCGACAAGGAGUCCGUCGCCGGCGUGCCCCUGCCCAGCUUCCCCAAGCAGAGCGACUCCAUCUCCCUGUCCGUGGCCGGGCCUCGGGCACGCGUCCACCGCCAGUACGACGACGACGGCCAGCAGCAGCUCUAUGUCAUAACCAGAGGAAAUGGCGACGAUGGCUUCUUCGAGGUGCUGAACUACAGGAGGACCGGCUUCCCUUGGUAUGGUCGAUCUCAUGCUGGGCCCCUGUGGUGGAGCUGGAAGCCUCUGCCCUCCCCGCAGCUCUACGGACCGGCGUGCCCGCCGGACAUCGGCAGGAAAGUGUUCUCCCCCACCGCGGCGGCGGUGGUGGACGACACGACGAUCUGCGUGUCGUCCGUGGACGCCGGCAGCGCAUGCGCAUUCGACACGGCCAGGGGCGAGUGGAGGCAGGCUGGGGGCUGGGUGCUGCCCUGCGACGGCGCGGCCGAAUACGUCUCCGAGCUCGGCCUCUGGUUCGGCGUCGAGCACGCCAAGCGCAACCCCGACCACCGCCUGCGCGCCUUUGACCUCUCCUCCUCCUCCUCGCCGCCGGUGGUGCGGCAAACCUGGAGCUACCUCGAUCGCCUGCCCGGCGAGUGGCUUACGUCGCAGAGGCACCUGCUGAACCUCGGCUCAGGCAAGUUCUGCAUCGCCACCAGCUUUCAGAGCAUCGAGAGGCACCCAAACUCAUGGGGCUGCCAUUCUGACGACGGCCUGGAUGAUGACAUAGCGCUCCAUGACCUCACCGUCUUGACGGAAGUGGAGGUGGUGCGCCGUGGCGAUGAGCUCCACAUGAUCAACCACAAGCGCAAAAUUUACAGGCUUCAAGACGAUUUCGGUAUCCACUGCGUGCUCUGAGUCAGGGACUUGACCGAUUCAAACGAAAACUUUGCAUGAUGUGCAUCUAUACAUCCUUGAAGAUCAUUGCUGUUCUUUUUGUUAGAGUUUGGAGAUUGUUGUAGAUGUUGGCAACUCUUGCACUUAAAAUUGUUGGUUAUGCUAUCUGCUUGAAUAAUUGCAGCAAAUAUUUUGGCUUUUGAACAUAAAUAUU